AUGGCUUCCUCUAACGCCAAUACGCCUGCUGCUCUAAACUCACUUUCAGACACGGCCAUCGCUCUCUUGCAACAGCUCGAGACCGUUCUCACCACUAUCAACGCUGGCAAAGAUGCUGCACAGCAGCCUAGUGCUUCCUCGACCACACCAGUUGAUGCUCUUUCUCUUGCGCAUGAUUCUGCUUCUCUAAUCAAGGCGCAUUCGACCAAGAUCUCCGUGUUGAUUAUCAACGAACCCUUUACACCUUCGGCUAUCAUCAAGGUCCUACGCGAACUUGUCUCUGGUCCUAUCCCAGGCAUCGCAACGGCCGCCCAGUCAUGUGACGCCGAGCGAUACACUGCGACCUUCCGCAAGGAUCUGUCAUGGAAGUGUUAUAUAGUCUUGAAAGAACUUCGAGGACUCAUCGAGAAGAUCCCCAGAGACGGCAAGAUUCUUUCAGUAGCCCAGAAGAACGGCUCCACUACGGCAACAGGCAAGGGAAGCAUGGCUGCUACGGGAGUUAUCUGGUCUGCCUGUGAUGAAGUUAUGCAAUUUUCCAAGGGAGGGAUUGGCAGCUGCUUUGUCAAAAAGGUUGAGGAAUUUAGGGCGACGUUGAAAGAUGUGAUGGAGGAGCUCAAGGAAUGGGGUGAUGAGGAACCUGAAGACGACGAGGAAAGCGAUGCUGACGACUUGGACCACGACUCCGCAUUGGGCUCCAUGAUGCCCUCGACGCAGGAGAUGAUCGACGAUAUGAUGGGUAACCAACAGACGAUUCCUCGCGACGACCCCGACAAGAUCCGUGACCGUCUCGAAUCAUGCCUGAAGCGACUGAGGUUGACUACCCUUCUCUACCAGGCUAUUGUCAAGCGACGCUUCAAGACUCUGCCCUCUUUGCCUGCCGAUAAAUCAGAUAUUCCUCAGCGUCUGGAUGAGUCUAUGCGCAUCCUCAGAAAACUGCCACACAUGUUCGAUGAGCUAGCGGGUGCUUUCUACGAGCUCUCACCGGAGGAGAUUGAUCGCGUUAUGAGUCUCUGCUUUAACGAGAUCGUCGCUCUUUCCGAGUUACUCAAAACACCAUGGAGCGGUGAGAAGGAUGAGUUUUCCGAGUGGGUUGUCAAGUUCCAAGCCGAGAUCAACAAAGGCUGA